AUGGGAAUUCAGGGUCUGUUGCCAUUUCUCAAAGCCAUCCAUACGCCAGUGAACAUCGCAGAUUUUCCCGGCUCUACUGUGGCCAUUGAUGCAUACUGUUGGUUGCACAGGGGAGCGUUUUCCUGCGCUGAAAAGUUGGCUGUCGGAGAAAAAACAGAUCAAUAUGUCUUCUACUGUAUGAAGUAUGUUGAGUACAUGCUGCGGAAGAAUCUCAAACCAAUUCUGGUGUUUGAUGGCGGCCACCUCAAGUCCAAAGCAGACGUGGAGAAAACUAGAAGAGAACGUAGAGAGCUGCACAGGAAGAAGGCUGCUCAGUUUCUGCGGGAGGGCAAGAGAAGCGAAGCCAAAGAAUGUUUGCAGCGAUGUGUGGACAUCACCCCACAAAUGGCCUUGGAACUUAUGAAUGCGUGUCGAGACCGAGGGGUGGAUUGUAUCGUUGCCCCAUACGAAGCUGAUGCCCAGCUGGCGUAUCUGAACCUGCGAGGGAUUGCAGACAUUAUUGUUACAGAAGAUUCCGAUCUGCUGCUGUUUGGCUGUGAGAAGAUUAUUUUUAAAAUGGAUUUAUUUGGGAAUGGAAUUCUCAUAGAAAAGUCUCGUCUCAACGAAGUUUUAUCCAUCAAAGGAGGGUUUUACACGUUUGAGAAGUUCCGUCACAUGUGCAUACUGUCUGGCUGUGAUUAUCUCCCUUCUAUCCCCGGCAUUGGACUGGCCAAGGCUUGUAAAGUCAUGAAAUCUGCCAGACAGCCCGACAUACGCCAGAUGCUGCGGAAACUGCCGACCUAUCUCAAGACAAACCUGACAGUUACAGACGAAUACGUCGAGGGAUUUGUCCGUGCCGACAACACUUUUCUCUACCAACUAGUCUUUGACCCAGUUAGUCGUCAAUUGUGCCCGCUCAAUCCCUACCCACCAGAAGUGGAGGCUGACAAUCUGGGCUACGCUGGAGAGAAUCCUUUUAAUCAUGUUUUCUACAAAAUAUCUCUAAUGACAGUCAGAGUAGAUUGUGUAUACCUGCCGGAAGAGAAAGCCUACCAGAUCGCUGUCGGUAACAUUGAUGCCCACAGCCAUAAGUGUAUCUCCUAUUUUGAUCCUGACUCGUUUGUGCCCAAGAAUGCCAUCAAGCCAAAAUUCAGACACCAGUUGAGCAUCUGGGACAGAAACUAUUGUAUCAAGUCUGGGUCUCCUUGUAAAGAAAUCCAGCCAACCAAAGAAGAGAGGAAAGUGUCCCUUCAUGGCCAGGUACAGACAGUCACAGUUCGAUCUUUCAAGCAGGCGCUAGCUAAACGAGUCAGAUCAGGUUGUUUGGAGAAUUCAGAGAAUGUUCUCAGAGACGAGGAAAUGAAAGAUUCAGAUUCAUACACACAGAAUCAUGAAGCUGAUGAAGUCUUCAGUGGUGUUGAUGAUGGUGAUCAUUUGAACCAAACUAGUGACAGUGAAGAGGAAAAGCCGAGGACAUCUCUGAAAAGAAAAAUGUCUGUUUCGCCCUGGAAGCCAUCAGCAGCCAAUAUUGGAGAGGAUGCCUUCAGGAUGACAAGCUCCUGUGCUCCGGGAGCCUCUGAUGGUCCUCUGGGUGCCUCUGACAGUGCUCCCAGUCCGGGCAAAAGUAGGAAUGUUUUUGCCAUUCCUGGGGGAGCUGUCAAAGUUCCCAAGUUUGACUUGAAUACACCAGCAGCAGCAGCUGUUCAUGUCAGGAGCAGAUAUUUUGUUUCAAACAGCACUGCAGGACAGGCUGGAGAGCACAAACAAACCAGUCCUGUCCUCAAGAAACUCAGACAGUCUUCCCCCAGAGCUUCAACUUCACAGAAGCUGAAGAAGACUUCCCCGAAAGCUUCCGUCUCAUCAACCUCACAGAAAGACUCUCUUGUCAAGGGACAGAAAUCUAUUCAAGCCAUGUUUGAGAAUGUCCCAGUGAAAAUUCAGUCAGAUGCAUCCCAGGAACAUAAACCUAAGCCAGUUUCAAAAAAUGGCAUUCUCAGAUUUGUCUCCCCUGUAAAUUCACAGUUACCACCUGCUAAGGAUUCUUUUAGAAAUUUAAAGCAGAUGGAUGCUGAGACUGAUUGUACGCAUGAGACUGCCCACCCCAUGACGUCUAACAAAGGGUUGAUACAAGAAACUGACCAAUCGCUGGCAGGGUUAAAGAAGUUCCAGUCUAGAUUUUCUCCGAGUUGUAAUAAAGAUGAUUCUCCUAAACGAUCUUCAAGCUCUGCAUUCAACUGGUCAAAAUAUCAAACAGGUCUCGGAUCUUUAAAGCUCUCGGUGACUGCACCUCACGUAGGUCAGGCUGAAUUCACAGAGAGUGGACAGCAGAUUAAAGUUGAGAAAGACAGUGAAAACAAUGAAAUAGAUCAUGAGAGAAAUACAGAAUCAGAAGUUACAAGUCACAGCUUGCCAGAUUUUGGCAAGGCAACUCAGAAUUUUCAAGGCACGUUUGGAGAUCAAGAAAUCUGUCGUUUGACUGCAGACACACCUGCUGAUGGUGCACUGAUCACACAUCGUAGUGGUCUACAUAAAAACGCUACGGAUGACUUACUAAAUUCACUCGAUCGGGACGUACAAAACACAAAGUCCAAGAAAGUCUGUUCGGAUGCUGGUGUACAGUUGGAUGUGCUGGACAGUUCACUCAGAGAUAAGAUGGCUGAUGUGUCUGAUGAUGUGGUGGAACUCAAGUCCUGCAGCUAUAGCGAUUUCUUGAGCAUGUUAGACCGGAACAGCCAGCCUGGCACAUCAGACAGUGCAGCAGAGGUCGAUAGUGACAAUCUGGCAAACGGGAUAUUCAGUGCCAGGGAGAGCUGUGGUGAUUCAGACAUGAAAUCUAGCUACGAUCAGGAUGAUGUCAUUGAUUUGACUGAUACUGAAUCUGAAAGUCAGAAUUCCUGCUUGUCAGUUUUGUCAACAUCCUCGGCUUCCAGCGUCUCAGGACAAGCCAAGUGUCGAGUUUCUGGGUUGUCUAGACAUAAAGGGAAAUCUUCUGGGAAAAACACCACUUCCAGCAUCCCAGGGCAAAGGUCAAUUAAAGACCUCAUGAGCAGGUUCCAGUAUAAAAGCUGA